UAGUAAACUUAUUGCUAAAAUAGAAAUAUUAAUAUAUUGAGAACAUAAGAAUUAUGCAAAAAUUGAUCUUGUUCGAAUUAAUCUUAUAAACAGAGUUUCUAAUUAUUUUAUAUGUUAAAAAGAACAAAAGAGAAGAUAAUAGAGUGUUCCUUAGAGAAUAUAUGCAGAAUACCUAUAGAUAAGAAUAUAUACUUGAUUAUAACAGGCAAAUUUUUAUGUAUUAAACACCAUGAGAGUGGUGAGACAAUUCUUUAUAUUUACCAUAAUAAAAAGAAAUUAGCAAUUACGUAUACAGGAAGAAUCUCUCAUACAAGAGUCACUGGGCAAGUAGUUCAUGUAUUCUGUCAAGUAGUAAAAAUUGACAGAAUAAGACGAGUAAUAUGUCUUACACUAAAAUAAAAACAAGAAUGC